AUUUGCGAUGAAAUUGACGAAUAGAAGUCCGCCACCAAUGACCGCGUCAUAAUCCCGCAAGUAUUUCUCUGGUGCCUAGUUCUUUUUUUUUUCUUGUUGCAUUCCCACUCUUUAUUCAGUUCAUCAACUCAUCAUGGUCCGUGUUGCUGGCAUCAGCUUCCUCGCUACUUUGUUUGCUCUCGGUGUUCAAGCAUUGAAAGAGCCUCCGAAGGGUUUGCAAAUCGGUAUCAAGAAGAGAAUUCCCGACGAGGAAUGUACUAAGCGUUCUCAUGACGGUGAUAUGUUAACGAUGCAUUAUACGGGCACGUUGUUCGAUACGGGCGAGAAGUUUGACAGCAGUCUUGACCGAAACCAACCCUUCGAAUUCACUUUGGGAACCGGUCGAGUGAUUCAAGGCUGGGAACAAGGUCUUAAAAAUAUGUGUAUUGGAGAAAAGAGACGAUUGGUGAUUCCUCCCCAUUUGGGUUACGGAGAUCGAGGUGCCGGUAGUGCCAUUCCUGGUGGCGCCACCCUCGUGUUUGACGUGGAACUUGUCAACAUCAAGGAAGGCACUCGACCUUAUGACUAUGCACAGAACAAACAACAACAGCUGCAGGAGAAAAUAGCCAACUAUUUUGAUUUGUCCUCGCCCUUAUUCUUGUACUCUACGGGCGGCCUCUUGGCUUUGUUGGUUCUCUGUUACUGGUUGACCAACAAAGGUUCAUCCGAAGAGACCAAGGAAGUCAAAGUGACUGAAACCAAAUCUGAAGGUGAAAAGGUCAAAAAGGCCGACUAACAGAUCUCGGCCUCUCGCACUUUUUUUUUAUGUACAGCAAAAAAGAAAACGCAGCACAUACAAGACGGGAUGCUCAACAUAAUAAAAAGCUAGUAUGAAUUGGGCU